UCCUCAAAACACAUUUGACAGAGCGAGCAAUAAUAAGCACAAGUUAGAUUGUCCGUCUGGCACGUGAACAUAAAACAGCCAUUAAUGUCAACAAUUUUGACAAAAGUGAGGACACCCCUACAUUGAAUGCAGACCUGUAAUCCGACAAUGUGUUUAGAUAAGUGUCGGGGUUAUUUCAAUCUACAACGCUCACACCGAGGGAGGGACGGACGGUAGCAAGAAUCGCAAGUGGAGUGAGUGACUUUGCAAAGUGAGAGAAGCCACAAGAACAAGCGCCACGCUUGUCUCUCCCAACUCCUCAUCUUAAGAUUUGUUGGGUGGUUACGUUACUUGGUUUGAUCUCAAAUACCAAAACACACCCUAAUUUCGUCAUGGUCAGGUCUGUGUGUUCAUUUUAUAACUUAAGUACAAUACCUUUCACAAUACAUCUUUGUAUGCAUAUGUACUGUUUAGGUACCUGGCUACAGAGCUCGUGCACGUGACGUCAACCUUUUCACGGCGCCAUAUUGUCGGUCAAAAAGAGCUGCUCGACAAGUGUGCGGGACAUUGAAGCCGAGCAGAAUGUUCACAAUGGCCGAGACUUGUUGUGCUGUUGGUGGUUACAACAGACGAGACAGAUCUUCAAAGAGGUCAUUCUAUGGAAUACCAGCUGAAAAGACCAGAAAAGAUUGAUGGAUUUUGCCAAUUAAACGUGACGGCUGGUGGUCAACCAAAUACAAAUGUGUAGCGAUCACUUCACUUCAGGUCAAUUUUCCCUUCUGUCACAACCUCGCAGUCAAACAAGGUGGAGAAACUUCCCGUCUCCUUUCCUGUGGACUGCGCGACUCAUGCUAAUGCUAGCACACAUCCUGUUUUUGGCCACCUGCAGGAAAAGCAAGCAAGGAGCGGAAAAGGCGGGUCGAGAAGCAGACAAAACCAGAAGCGCCAUUUGCCGGCGGCGGUCGGCAGCGGAGGAGACGCCGCGGAGCGUCGGACCCGUCGUGCUCGGAGACGGCAAACAAAAGAAAACGAACCCCCAUCGUUGUGACGAUGAGGCCGACUACGAGGACGAAGAAGUGGACCCCCGCAUCCAGGGCGAGCUGGAGCGACUCAACCAGUCGUCAGGCGACAUCAACCGAUGCGAGACGGCCAUGGAGGACGCCAGGCAGAAGUUCCGCUCGGUCCUGGUGGAGGCCACCGUCAAGCUGGACGAGCUUCUCAACAAGAUCGGGAAGCCCGUGGACGAGUCCAAGCCGUACUGGGAGGCUCGGCGUCUGGCCCGGCAGGCCCAGCUGGAGGCCCAGAAAGCCGCGCAGAACUUCCAGCGAUCCUCCGAGGUCUUGCGCGCCGCCAAGGAGACCAUCUCGCUGGCCGAGCAGUGCAUCCUGGAUGAGGGGCGGCGCCACUUUGACUCGGCCUGGCAGGAGAUGCUCAACCACGCCACGCAGCAGGUGAUGGAGGCGGAGCUCGAGAAGGCCCGAAGCGAACUGGCGCACAAGGAGACGGCGGCCAAUCACGCGGCGGCCAUCGCUCGCCUGAAGCAGCUGGAGAAGAAACUCAAACGCGCCAUCAGCAAGUCAAAGCCUUACUUUGAGAUGAAGGCCAAGUUCUACCUGCAGCUGGAGAACCUGAAGAAGACGGUGGACGAGCGUCAGGCCGAGCUGUCGCGGGCCAAGGCCGAGUACAAGGCGGCCCUCGGGAACCUGGAGGCCAUCUCGGGCGAGAUCCACGAGCGGCGCCGCAGCUCGGUCGUGGGGCCCCGGGGACGGGGCGUGGGGGCGGACGGCGACUGCCGCGGCGGUCCCUGCGACCAAUCGUCCGACGGCAUUUCCGUGAUGUCGGUGUGUUUCGACGACGCCGGCGCGGCCUCCGAGGAAGACUCUGAGACGCGUUCCACGUGCAGUCGCGGUUCUUCUCCCAGCAGCCCCCAGGACCUCGUGUCGCCGUGUUCCUUCGCCUCCUCCUCCUCUUCCUCCUGCCCGUCGCCCACUCCGUCCAGCUCCUCUUCGUCCUCCUCGCCUCCCUCCAGGCCCUGCAGCCUGGACCUGCCCGUCUCCGUCUCCCUGUCGGACUUCGGCCUCAUCUCGCCCGUGCUGGGCCCUCGCAGCGAGUGCAGCGGGGCGUCGUCGCCCGAGUGCGACCUGGAGAGAGCGGCCUUAACCUUUCCGUCCUGCGUCGCAGGCGAGCGGGCGGAAGGCGCCGAGGUGCCGCCGGACAACGGGCCGGCCGCCGUCAACAACAACAACAACGGAUGUGCGCCGCCCGCCCCCAAGAGGGUCUUCAACCUGGAAGCUCGCUUCAGCUUCCUCAACCUGCGCCGCCAGCGCGGCGACUUUUCCCAGAAGGCCGUCGUGGUCAAAGGACUGUGAGGAACCACCACAAGGACAAUUUGGAGCAUGUCGUCGAACCUUUUGGCUGAUGUUGGACUCUAAAUGGAGACCGGUAGAACCAAUACUGUAGUUUUUAUCUAUUCCGCUUCAAUGGAACUGAAACAGAAGCAAACUCUUCCUCAUCCGCUCUCUUCGUUCUUGAUUUAUUCCACUUGGAUGGAAGCUGGCAGUGAGCAAAGUGACGUGUUUGUGACGGUGUUAUGUGUUGAAUAAAGAAAAUAUUGGACUGUUGAACCGACUUAUUAAAAUAUUACCCCCUUGUUGAUCCCUGUUU